AUGGCGCAACCACAGCCACAGCCACAGCCACAGCCUGUGGCCAAGGUGAUGCCGGUUAUGCUUGCACAAUCGGCAUCUGUGCCGCCUCAGAAGGCUAUGCCGUCAAACCUGGCGAAAGCUCCUGCAUCUGUGCCACAGAAAGCUAUGCCGCCAUACAUGCUGAAAGCUCCCGCGUAUCUGCCGCAGGCAGCUCCAACAUACGUGGCAAAAGCUCCUGCGUCUGCGCCACAGAAAGCUAUGCCGCCAUACCUGCUGAAAGCUCCUGCGUAUCUGCCGCAGGCAGCUCCAACUUACGUGGCAACAGCUCCUGCUCGAUGUGACGGUUCAGCGGAAACCAGUGGAAGUGCGUCUGCGCCGUUGAAAGCUGCGCCGCCCAUGAUAGGCAUAGCAUCUGCCAAAGGCAAUGCGCAAGCCUAUUCUUCAGCUCCGGUGCCUUACCAGCCCCAGCCUCAGCCCCAGCCCUACCAGCCUCAGCCCCAGCCGUACCAGCCUCAGCCCCAGCCGUACCAGCCUCAGCCCCAGCCCUACCAGCCUGCGUCACCGGCUUUCUCUACAGCUACCUGGGCAAGCUCACAGUUCUCCUUGAACCAGUCAGUCUUCCAGGCCAGCCCUUCGGUCGUGACGCAGUAUGGACAAUACGGAUAUGGCUCCGCCAUGCCAACCAUGAUUCCGCACCAGGAGAUUGAGGAUGCCGUCCGUCGCCUCCACUUCGAGGAGUCUGAGGCUCCUCUUAGUGCCGUGAUCGUGACCAUCUCGCAGGGCAACACCUAUGACCCUUUGUUUCAACAAGUGGCUCAAGUGGGUGACAACGGCACGCGAGUGUCAACGUACGCGACCACGCUGGCGACGCUGGAGCGCUUGCUCACAGCCAUGCGCGGAGAUGCGGCUGACGCGGAGGAUGACCUCGCGCAGUUGAUCAAGGACCUGGAGGAGGUUCCUCGAGAGAGCGCUGUCUUCAACUGGGAGUGCUGCUCCGCAUGCGAGGCUCAUCACUUCGGCUACGGCGGCUCUUUUGAUGCCACAACUGCAGAACUCACGAAGCUUCUGCUGGAUCGCGGGCACAUGGUCAUGUUCUCGGACUUCAGCCUGAAGGCCUUGAUCGGGCAGUGGCCGGCGACGUUGGGCCAGAACCCCUUCCGGGAGGUGGGGGCCGUCUCGGGGAGCAUCAUUCUGAAGUUCGACCCGGAAGUCCUCAAGGCGUGCCCCUCCUCGCAGCUAGUGAAGGUGGGUGAGCUUUGCGAGGAGGGCCGAGCAGAGGUGACGGCCAUGACCAACACCAUCAAGUUUGAUGUCGUGGAGGAGGCGGCUCGGGGAGCGGAGGAGCGGGAGGAGUACAAGCUGCAGCGGCUCACCUGCGCGGAAGGGGUCCCGGACACGGCUGGCCAUGUGCUGCUGACCUACCCCAGCGGCGGAAGGCUUCUGGCAAGUGCGGGUCACUGGUGUGAGGUGGUGAACCUCCGGGGUGUCACAGAUGAAGCGCUGUUCCGAACAGCUGAGCGCUACUACGGGCAAGCGUACAGCGCUGGCUUGCAGCAACAGUUGAGCUCCUAUGCCGACCCAGCUCAGCGAGAGGCUGUCCAGCAAAGCAUCGCACAAAGCUUCGUUCUACAGAGCCCACCUGUGGCCAGCUAUGUGCCGCAGCAAAAUCCAACUGUUUGA